AAAUUAUUUAAUUGUAAUUGAAUGUGAAUACAGUGAAAAUUCUUGUUAGCACUCUCUCAUGUCUCGUCUUUCUCCUUUCUUAGUUCUCCUUCAAGAGAAGAAAUAGAAUUCCUAACGACGCAAAUUUUCUGAUACAAAUGUUAAAACCUACAAUUUUCAGACCCUUCACAUUCCUUGUAUCACCCCAUCGUCAUCUCCAUACCUCACCCAUCAUCCUCCUUGCUGCAUCACCAACCACCAACACAAUCCAAUUUGCUUACCCUCAACUCGAUUCUCCAAAUUUUACUAAACCAGUGAAUGAAACCCAUCUCCUAAGAGUUUGUACGAUUCUUUACCAACAGCAGUACUCAUCCGACCAGAAAAUCCACAACAACCUCUGUAAAACAACCUUUGACCUUACCCAUGAAUUUUUCCUUCAAGUUUGCAAUAAGUUCCAAUAUUCUUGGAGACCCGUUUACAAAUUCUAUGAGUUUACCAAGACCCAACCUCAUUUCAAUCACACGCCCAUUACCUUCCAUAAACUGAUAGAUGUAAUUGGAAAAUCAAGAAACAUUGAGCUUUUCUGGGAAGUGUUUCAAGAAAUUGGACGGUGUAAAUUGGUAACGCCUAAAACUUAUGUAGUUGGAGUGAAAACUCUGGCUUCCGUUAGGGAGUUGAAGAAAUGUGUUGGAGUCUUUCAUGUGAUGAAUGGGUUUGGAUAUGGGUAUAGUGUGGAUGUGUUGAAUAAGGUUGUUGAGUCCCUUUGUAGAUCUAAGCUUGUUGAGGAGGCUGAGCAUGUUGUAUUGAAGUUGAAAGAUUGGAUAAAGCCAAAUGGGGUUACUUAUAGGUGGUUGAUAUAUGGUUUUUGUGAUGUUGGUGAUGUAAUUGAAGCAUCCAAGAUUUGGAAUUUGAUGGUGGAUGAAGGUUUUGAACCUGAUAUUGCAUCUGUUGAGGCUAUGAUGGAGACCCUUUUCAAGAAUAAUAAGUAUGUUGAAGCAUUGAAGGUUUUCCAAUCGGUUAGAGUGAAUAGGAUGAGUGAAUUAGGGGUCUCAACUUAUCGGUUGGUGAUCAAUUGGUUGUGCAAGAAAGGCAAGCUUGGAGAGAGUUACCUAGUGUUUGAAGAAAUGCAAAAGAGAGGGAUUAAGGCGGACAAUCAUACGUUAGCAUCGAUAACUUUUGGGCUUAUCAGUAGAGGAAGGGUUAUGGAGGCGUAUAGGGUUGUAGAACGAAUAGAGAAGCCUGAUACGAGUGUUUAUCAUGGGAUGAUCAAAGGGCUGUUGAAGUUGAAACGGGCAAGAGAAGCAACUGAAGUAUUUAGGGAGAUGAUUAAAAGGGGGUGCGAGCCGAUAAUGCAUACGUAUGUUAUGUUGUUGCAAGGGCAUUUAGGGAAGAGAGGGAGGAAAGGAUUAGAUCCUCUUGUGAAUUUCGACACUAUCUUUGUAGGAGGUUUGGUUAAGGCGGGGAAGACGUUGGAGGCGAACAAAUAUGCAGAGAGAUUAAUGUACAGAAAAGUUGAGGUGCCUAGGUUUGAUUAUAACAAGUUUUUGCAUUAUUAUUCCAAUGAGGAAGGGGUGGUUAUGUUUGAGGUGAUGAGCAAAAAACUUAGAGAAGUUGGGCAAUUUGAUUUAGCUGAUAUAUUUGCAAGGUAUGGGGAGAAAAUGGCAACUAGGGAUAGGAGGAGAAUUCGAACAGCAGAGUCACGACUUCUAUGACACCAAGUUAUAUUCCCAUUCCCAUGAUUGCAACUUAUUCUUGCAGGCUGUGCAAAGGAGCAUAAAGUAUGUGCAAAGUGUUCAUGUCGUGUUGAUCAAGUGGUUGGAAGGUUUCAAGAUUCCUCCUUUUUUCCCCUGCCCUUCUCAAUUUGUUGAAUCUCUAUUCUGCACUUUUAACAUGAUAUUGUUUUCGGAAGACAUCUCAUAUGCUUAUUAUUGGUUUCUCGUGGAGAUAUUUCAGAAGAAGAGGCUGAGAAAAAGUCUCUUAAGGAGGUUUGUUUCCAUAGCCUAAUCCUUAGGCUUUUCUACAUCUAUAUGAUCAACAGGUCAUUUGUCAUCCUAUGAAUCUAAUGUUCUGUUAUUGGUUACAGGCUAUCAAGAAUGCUCGAGAACGGGAUAGGUGGUCAUUUCUACGUGCUUUAAGAGAAAUUUACGCUGAAUUAACUUUAUGAUGAAUGUUUUAUGGUAGAUACCUGUCUUAUCAACAAUUAGUCAUUAGUAAUCAAGCCAUAUCAUUUAGUAGUGCCAGAUUGGUCCUUUUCCUUCGCUAUACUUCAAAUCUUCAUGAUUCAUGUCAUGAAUAUAUUACCGUGUAUGCUAGUCUCUCACAUUUGGGAGAAAGUAAGCCCUUUUACAACAUGUUCUCUCACUCUCUUUUUUUCCCCAUCAUUUUUUCUCCUAGUUAUUUAAUCUUAUCUCUUGGAUUGUAAACGAGAACUGUUUUCCGCACCCUCCACACUUCAUUAAGCCUUGUGGGCUCUCUUACUCCUCUUUCUUACAUUGCCUGUCUUAUAGUAUUGUCCCUCCCUUGGAUUUCACCUUGACUAGAUUGGCUUGUCUCUAGGAGGAAAUAACACCGGUUAGAUCUAUGCAUCAUCAUUUGCACAAUUGCCAAUCUUUCAGCCUUUGUCUUGGGUAACUGGCAGACCACUUACUGCCUGCCUCUUCUGUUGUGACAUUGGCGACAUUAGGUGAAUAGUAUUGAUUGCUACAGAUCAUUUUCACGUCAGAUGAAAAUCAACUUUAACAUGUAAAUUGGUACAUCACCUUGCUGCAAAAACAAAUAAUUAGAUGACAGUUAAUGGUCAUUUUCAUUCUUACCCCUUUUGGAUCUACCCAAUUCUCUUCUAUUUGUUUCUCCUGAACUGGAUUGAAAAAUAGUUGGAAGAGGGUUAUUAUAUUUGUAGUCUGUACGCAUAAGCACAUUUUUUUUCUCUGGGUGACAGGUGUUGGAUUGCCUGUUUAUGUGCACAUAUGGAGAAAUAGUUGUGCUUGAAAUUGAUUUUUUUCAAGCUGAACAAAAUGCUUUUGGACGAAGUAAGAUGUUGUGUUCUUGGCAUCAAUUCAUGUUACCAUUCUCCAAAUAAAGAAAAAAACUUGGCAUCAAUUCAGCAUUUAUGUAUAGGAGUUGAAAUGCCAUCAAAACAUCUAAGAUUCCUCUCUGUCAAAACACACGAGAAUAAGGUAGCUGGGAUCAUUUUCCAGAUACUCUUGAUGGCCCUGUUGACUUUCCAAAAGUGCCAACUUUCAAGUGCUUCCUUGAUGCACUGACAUAGAUACCAAUAGUUGAAAAAAACAUAUGCCAGAGAUCAGUAGCCACUGUGCAGAACAUUUCCUGCCGGCUACUUGUAAUUGCAUAAUACCCAUUAAAGAGUAUGUUUCGAUGAGUCAUGAAAUGGAUUUUGAAAAAUGAAUAUCUAAAUGUAGCGAUUGGUUGGUAUGGAUGGAAGGGGUGACAGUUGAUUUACUUCUCUCACAUUCUAAUUAUUAUUUACAAUCUAAUAGUAUCAUUUGAUAGUAUAAAGCCAACACGGCAACAUAUUACCAGGUUGUAACUUGUGAACACACUUUCAUUUCUCCUUUUAUCCUCUGUUGUUUCUACUGUGCCAAGCAGUAUAAAAGUAUCUUGUUUUUACCAGAGUUUCAGCACAUUGGUGUCUGUUGUCUGAUUAUGUUGCUUUCAUGAUGUUUCUGAGAUUCCAAGAGUGCAUCUAAUGUGUAUGCAACAGAUGAACAAAGGGAAGUCUCAUAGUUCAGAAAAAACCCAACUCAAAAUGACGUGAAGGUUGGUGAACCGUGUACAGCAUCAUCACUUGAGGAAUAUGCUGAGGCAAACCAUGAUGAUGAAGAAGAUCAGGUCCAAGGUAUUUGAGAUGUGCAUUUUGGAGAAUGAAUCCCACAUGGCCCUUUAAAGAUUUCCCUUCGUGGUCACUAAUUUGAUUCACACUCCCGAGUUUGUAUUGGUAGCUUUGGAGAAAAGAAGUAAAUUGGAUUUUGGUUGACCUUCCGUUCUACAUUAAAGGACCAAGGUCGAGUCAAGACACUUCCAUUUUUCUUGUCCUUCAGAAUUUUUUAGCUAGUGAAAAGCGUUUUGAGAGUGUAAUAUAGACUAAAAUAGAUUCCGAAGCCUAUUAAAUUUAAAAUAGGCUAUAGUAUGAGGUGACUGUUUUGACUCAGGAAAACCUCAUGAAGAGGGGUUUCCAUUUGAGUCCCAGAUGUUUCCUAUGUGGGGAAGAGGCUGAGACCGUUACUCACCUGUUUCUUCAUUGUGGGAUUACCAAUCUUUUGUGGGAUCUUUUCAUCAAUAUGAAGGGACUAAACUGGAGUAGCACAGACCCUGAAGAUAUGGAGUAGUUAUGCCAACAUCUCUGGAGAUAAAGAUAGCUUGUUUACGGUGGUCGGUGUGGCAAGAAAGAAACCGUAGAUGUUUCCAGAACAAGAGCAACACUAUCCAGAAGUUGAAGAUGAACUGCUUGGUGUUGUUUCAUUUUUGGUGUAAACAGGAGUACAUGGAAGAUCUAGAAUUAGUUAUGAACGUCUUAGGCUCUUUGUAAUUUUAACUAUAGGGUUGAAGAUCUUCAUGUAUACUCUUUUGCUUUUGUAAUUAGGAACCUGUAACAUGUUGUGGCAGGUUUGAUUUUUUUGGAAAUGGAAAUACAAGUUGUUACUUCAUCAAAAAAAAAAAAAAAUAGUAUGAGGUGAGUAGUCAUAAGUUUUGCAAUGGA